AUGUGUUCGAAAGAUGUUUGGAAGAUAGUAGGUCCCAUUAUUCUGAUAACAGUUACUGGCGUGACCACGGCAAUUAUAAAACUAGUAGGAGGAAAUGAUGCAGUACGAGAUAUAAAAAUCUUAGACAAAAAAAAUUUCGACGUCAAAGUUGGUGAAAAUGUCCGAGUAACUAUCCCUGCGGAUGAGCUGAACCUACACGAAAAAUGCUUUAUAUAUUUAAAUAAUGGUGAACGAUACAGUCUCACUGAAGAGUUAAGUGUAAUAGGUAUAAAGAUAAUUGAAAAUUAUAAUUAUGCAUGCGGAGUCAAUAUUGAUAUUCGAUCUAAAACUGUUACUGGUGACUGGACUCUAGUUUCUUGGGAAAUAAUGUUGUACUACAUCCCUAUAGAGAGAAGGUUGCCGUUCACCAUAAAUGUUCAAGAUAAUGGCGGCGACAACACAGAAUCAAAACAAAUUAUGAUAACAGAAGGUAGUGAUCUCUAUUUGCACCUAGACAGCAAAACAGACCUUAGUGAAACUUGCAAGCUCGUUGGGCCUGACGAGAACGAGAGUGUCAAUUUUGAAUUAGAUCCCAAAUAUCUUGAGAGUUGUGGAUUCAUAAUCAAAAAUGUUAAGCCAUCUGACAGUGGAACAUGGGAAAUUAGAUAUGGAAACGGGACUAUUUUAAGAGCUUUCACUGAAGUAACAGUAAACGUUUCAGAGGCAAUGUCAGCACGUCAGUACAGUGAGCAGAGCACGCUGGUGGUGGAGGGGCAGGUGGACAACAGCCGACAGUUGGAGUAUUGCAGAUUUGUUCGCAUCGAUGGACUAGGUAUUUCAUCAGAGAAUCUUCCUGACCGGUAUACAAGCCAUGACUCCCUAGCUACUGGUCUGUGUAGAAUACGCAUUGAAGACGCUACAAUACUAGACCACCACUCGUGGACUGUGGUCGCUAGGAUUCUGGGCCAGGAUGUGGAAAUAUCUCAGAGCACGAUGAACACCAUCACUAUGCCACCAGCAGCAGACCCUGGCAAUCUGAAUAAUCAGCUUAUCUUUUGGAUUCCAAUGAUAUUACUGGUGAUCGUGCUGACAGCUUUGGUUGUGUUGCUCGCCCCUAAGAGCAACCGCAAGAGAACUCUGGACAGGAUGAACAUCAUAAGAGACAGCAUUCGCAGCAGUUUCCAGAAGAAACCAUUGCAGGACCCUCCAUCAAUAACUGGCGUCACGGUGGCAUAA